AUGGUCAACCACGUAAACUCAUUCGACUCGGUACCGCAAGAGCUGGUAGAACUACUUACUGCCGAGUUGCCAUAUUCGCUCCCAUUAUUACGACGACUGCAAUUUACAAAGUUCCCGCAUGGAACUUCUCAACAUGCUCGAGUCAUCUUUAUCUCAGAUGCAGAACUUUCAUCCCGGCCUGAUGCAUACACAGCAGCAUAUCUGGACUUUUCAAAGACAGGAACUCAAAUGUACAUAUAUUCGACUCUAGAGCAUCCUCGCAACAGAGAUGAUACAAGUAACGGUGAUUUGUACGAGCAACAACUAGCGGCAAUGGUACAAGAAGUCAUUCGUUUGCGCAAAGAAUACGGACAAGAGUUAUUGUUUACUAAUCCAGAUCGGAUAUUGAUUGGAACUCUACACUCGGACAUUCGUUCCAUCCUAGAAAAGUUUGAAGGCAGAGUUGAGGCUAGGCCAACAGGCAUUUAUGAUAAAUGGCUCAUGAAGAGAGACGAACUGCCUCCUCCGGAUGACAGCCUUCCAUCAGGAAUGUAUUGGGAUAGUGCAAGUCUUGAUGACUGCAGCAUUAUCGUCUCUCGGACUGAUAUUCCGCGAACCAGUGAGGAGCUUGUAGUUCUCCCAAACCUUACGAUAAAGCGAGAAGACAAGACACCGAUAGUAUGGGCUUUACUGGGGACAGACGCAAGCAUCAUUUCAGUUCAUUGUGAGGAACCUUAUAGACAGCGAGGUCUGGCUAAGAAGCUAGCUGCGAAGCUCUUGAGAGAAAAGUCGUCCCUGUAUGGUGAAGACGGGCUUAUGUCUGCCGAUGUUAGCCCCACAAAUAUGAGCAGUCGCGCCAUGUGCAAGUCGUUGGGUGGUAAACCAGACUGGACUACAUCUUGGUGA